UUACUUUUUUAUAAUGUCAAUUACUAUUUAAUUGUCUCUACCCCACGUUUCAAUAAACUACACCAUGAAAUUCUUAAGAACCCAAAAUUCAACAACCCAAUAAUAUAAAAACCCAAGAUCCCAUUUCUAAACGAAAUGCCUAAGCCAAGAAAAUGGCGGCACUGUUAGCACCACCACCGCCCAAGGCUAAACCCAUCUCAUUUUCAGCCCCCCACCGCCAUAAAAAUAUACCAGUAGAAGCCCAUUUUCCUGCUAUUAUACGUGAACAUCAAGAAUCAGUAUAUGGUGCUAAAAACAUUAGGAAAACACUAAAUUUCCUUAAUUAUGGUUUCAAAGGAAAAAUUGGAGAUGGCAAGAGUAAAAUGCCCAUUGUGAGUGCAGCAUCAAUUCCAUCGCCAGAAUGUGGAAACGAUUCAAAAUUUGGGGGAAUUUUUCUGUCUGAUGUGGUGGUGAAGAGGAGGAGGAGUGUGUAUUGGGGCAGAAAGUGGAAUUCUUUGGAUGUUGCCACCGUAGGGGUGGUGCUUGCUAUGCAUUUGCUGUGCCUAUUUGCCCCCUUCGCGUUCAACUGGGGUGCUUUGUGGGUUGCUGUUGGAUUGUAUAUUAUCACUGGCCUUUUGGGUAUUACUCUCUCUUUUCAUAGACAUCUUUCUCACAGAAGUUUCAAGAUUCCCAGAUGGCUUGAGUACUUUUUUGCGUACUGUGGUGUUCAAGCACUUCAGGGGAACCCAAUUGACUGGGUGAGCACGCAUAGGUACCAUCAUCAAUUUUGCGAUUCGGAAAAAGAUCCACAUAGUCCCAUAGACGGAUUUUGGUUUAGUCACAUGAGUUGGCUUUUCGAUACGAAUUCCAUUGUUGAAAGGUGCGGAAAACCAAACAAUGUUGGAGAUCUAGAGAAGCAGCCAUUCUAUAAAUUUCUUCAAAGCACUUAUGUAUUCCAUCCAAUUGCACUUGGAGCACUAUUAUAUGCUUUGGGAGGAUUUCCAUACAUUGUCUGGGGAAUGGGUGUAAGGAUCGUGUGGGUGUACCACAUUACUUGGCUAGUGAAUUCAGCUUGCCACGUUUGGGGAAAGCAAGCUUGGAACACGGGCGAUCUAUCAAGAAAUAAUUGGUGGGUGGCUGUGCUUGCAUUUGGCGAGGGUUGGCAUAAUAAUCACCAUGCCUUCGAAUAUUCAGCUAGACAUGGAUUGGAAUGGUGGCAAAUUGACAUGACUUGGUUUGUGAUUAGGUUUCUUGAAGCUAUUGGACUGGCCAUCGAUGUGAAGCUACCCAACUCUGCCCAAAGGCAAAGGAUGACAUUCAGUAAUUGAGGGUUAGGCAAAGGGGUGGGGGACUCUGUUAUCUUGCUAUUUUAGUAGGUUGAUGGACAUGCAUAGAGCACAAUUGCGAAAUUUAGAAAACGUUUGUCGUAACUUCUAUGUUUAACAUAUGGCUACAGUUCUUGAGUUGAUAUAUAUAUAUUAUUUUUAUUUUUUUAAUUUUAAUUUUGCUUU